GUCGGCGGCGCACGUCGCUCCGCAUGCUAUCCGACAACUCUACGUAGAGACGAUCGCGCCGAUACUUUUCUCCCGGCUAAUAAAUCACGCGAGCCGAACAAAGUAAACCCUCACGAACAGAUUAUAACUCGAUACGAGAUAACGAGCUUGCGGUACAGCCGCCGUGAUUAAUCACUGAAAGUCGACUAGAACGAUACCAACGGAAGCGUAAUCUCGGCUAGACUCGAUUUAGGUGCGUAACGUAAACAGAUAAACAUUGUUGAAGUUCUCGGGAAUUGUUUGUUGAUUUAACGCACACAAUAGUUGGUUUGAUUUAGUAGUCGUGGAACGGUGAUGUCGCUCGCCGGUUCCGAGUACCGGGCUCGUGUAUUAGGUGAAUGUGCGUAAGUCAGACCGGCACUGGGCAGGAUGGGUGGCGGGCAGUGGAUCGGGGGAGUGUUGCUGGCCAUGGCAUGCUCGGUGGCGGCGGACUCGUGGACUGCUUUCCAGGAGCAGCCGUGUUGUCGCCCGGUAUCGCAUCACCGAAUCCGGCAUCAUAGAGAUCACAUACGCGAGUUUUCAUGCGGCAAUCUGUUUUACCGCACAUUAUAUAUGAAUGAAGAGAGAAAUACGCUUUAUGUUGGUGCUAUGGAUCGAAUAUUCAAACUGAACAUGACGGACAUUAGUCAGUCGCAUUGCGAGCGAGAUGCAUUGGUCCUGGAGGCGAGUAAUGUAGCGCGAUGCGUAAGCAAGGGCAAAUCGGAGCCGUUCGAGUGCAGGAACCACAUCCGAGUGCUGCAGCCGCUUGGCGACGGUGACAGACUCUACGUGUGCGGCACCAAUGCGCACAGUCCCAAAGACUGGGUCGUAUAUUUAAACUUAACUCAUCUUCCCCGGCACGAGUACGUGCCAGGAGUGGGUCUAGGGGUUGCGAAAUGCCCUUACGACCCUGCGGACAACAGCACCGCGGUGUGGGUCACGAGAGGUAACCCUGGCGGGCUGCCAGCGCUCUACGCGGGGACCAACGCGGAGUUCACUAAGGCGGAUCCAGUCAUUUUCCGCAAUGAUCUCUUCGACUUCCGGACAGGACAAAAGCGGUUUAAUUUCAAGAGGACAUUGAAAUAUGAUUCUAAAUGGUUGGAUAAAACAAAUUUCGUUGGAUCUUUCGACGUGGGGGAGUACGUUCUGUUAUUUUUCCGAGAAACGGCAGUGGAAUUCAUGAACUGUGGAAAGGCGGUGUAUUCUCGAGUGGCGCGGGUUUGCAAACAAGAUACGGGGGGCAAGCACAUACUUAGCCAGAACUGGGCCACUUAUUUAAAAGCUAGACUCAACUGCAGCAUACCCGGAGAGUUCCCUUUCUAUUUUGAUGAAAUACAGAGUGUCUAUCAAAUGCCAGGAGAUACCAGUCGUUUCUAUGCGGCGUUCACAACGGGAGCGAGUGAUGGUCUGGUCGGUUCAGCCAUUUGUACAUAUACUAUGGAAGAUAUACAAAACGCAUUUGCUGGACGAUUUAAGGAGCAGGCAACGUCAAGCUCGGCGUGGUUACCAGUGCUGAGGGCCAGAGUGCCGGAACCCCGCCCCGGCACCUGUGUCAACAAUACUGAGGCACUGCCUGACAAUGUACUUAAUUUUAUUAGGUCUCACCCUUUAAUGGACUCAGCGGUAAGACAAGAAGGCGACGCGCCAGCCUUCUACAAAAGGGACCUAGUGCUGACCACGCUGGUCGUAGACAAACAGUUCGUAGAUAUGCUGGGAGAUGACAUCACUUACACCGUUUUUUAUGCCGGCACUAGUAGCGGCGAGGUGUACAAGAUAGUGCAGUGGGCCGGGGGUGGGUCCCGAGUAUCGGACGUGUGGCGUGCGGCGGGCACAGAGGCGGUGCGCGCCCUCGCGCUCUCGCGACGCACACACGCACUCUACCUCGCCACAGACAACCGCCUUCGACAACUGCCGCUACGCGCGUGCACGCAUCGAUACGACAGUUGUGUACGCUGCGUCUUAGAUCCUUACUGUGGGUGGGACAAAGAGGCGGGAAUUUGUCGUCCGUACACACCAGGCCUUCUCCACGACGCUACCAACUCUACGCCAUCGAUUUGCGAAGCUAGCGCCCCCCUGCGGACUGUGCGGGCUGGGUAUGGACAGAGCGUGCAUAUGGCAGCUUUCGGGAAGACACCCGAAGCAUUAAAAGACCAGAUCGUCGUUUGGUAUCAUCAUUCCAGAGAAAAGGGACGUUACAAAAUUAACUAUAAUUGGGAACGUAUACUGCAAACCUCUGAACGGGGUCUGGUGUUAUUAUCAGUGACGGAGUCAGAUCGAGGUCGCUACGAGUGUUACUUCGGUCCCACGCUCAUCGCCUCUUACAAUCUCGACAUUGACACCCAAAGAUGUAGCCAACCGAGUAGGUCACAGGAGUACAAACAAGUGUAUUCAGACUGGUGUCAUGAGUUUGAGAAGUACAAGAGUGCAAUGAAAGCCUGGGAGUCCCGACAAAUGCAAUGUUCCAAAAGUUUGAAUUCCUCGAGCCAGCAGAACAAUAUGGAUAACGAGAUUGUCGCGUCGUUGCGGUGAUAGCGUUCACUGAAUCAAUCUCUAACUUUACACCGAGCCUCGCUCACACGUAAACUAUACGAUAUUUUAUUUAUUACUCCUCUCACUUAUUACUAAGAGUGGUUUAAUAUGGAUACUUUGCUAAAUUUUAUGUAAAGCACUUCCUGCGUGUGUAUGUGCAGCUGAUAUUUACUUUAGUAUGCAGAUAACUAAACAGUACGAGUAUAAGUACUAUAAAACAUCAUCGUAACUGAUAAUUUGUCAUAGUAUUUGUUAUCAACAUUAGUCUAUGUCACGAGUUAAUUCUUUAAAAAUCUUCAAGAAAUAGAUAUCUUAUGCCUAUUGAAAUAGAGUAUAUUAUUAUCAAUCAAUUACUAAAAUUGUUUCAAGUUGAAAUGUUCAAUUGAGAUUACAUAAAGCAUUCAAAAUAAUUCAAUUUGUAAGCUCGAUUCAAUAUUGAAGAAUAAAUAGCAUUUUGAAAAGGAAAUACGAUCCGGUAAAAGAUAACUUCAUAGAUUUGUCUGUGGUUCCGGUUACUGAGACGUUUGAUUGAUGACUGCCUUUAUUUAACUGGGGGUUGCGAUUGUUAUGUUUGGGAAUUGGGAAUUUUCUUAUGUAAUUUUGCUAAGUAAUGUUGUUAAUAUCGAAUAGUUUACGUUACUCAGCAAUAAAGUUACAUUUGUAUGAAUCGUUAAAAAAACGACUGAGUACUGGUUUGUAAAUGUCAAUACGAUUUUUUUUCAUUAUAUAGAGUGUCGAUAAAUUAAUGUUGGUAUUUGAUGUACGUAUAAUAUUGUGUUGGAAGUUAAUUGUAAAUAUUACAAUAAGUAGGGUCGAUGAUAAUUCAUGAAUACAAAAUGCUGUGAUAUCAGUUCAAGUUUGACAAUUUGGUUAGAAAAUUCCACAAAUGCCUAUGGAUUUGAGUUGUCUAUCCUAUUAAGAGUUACGUAUCCUUAUAGAGCGACAUUGUACUAUAGUAUUGACGCUGGAGUUGGCACAUCGAGCAGAUGAACACUUUUAUUUACGACGUGCCAAUUCAAUUGUUGAUUGCUAUACAUUUGAAAGAGAAAGUUAGAGUAUAUAACACAGACAAUACAUUGAUUACAAAUGUACAUAAGAUAUAUAUAAACUUUUAUGUUCUAAUCUUUUUCGUAUAUAACAAAUAUGAUUUCAUAUAAAUACAUACAUACGUUUUGGAAAUGAUAAUACAAUGUACGGUAUUAAUAAUUAAGGCUCUUUAUAAAAGACCAAUAGGUACCUAUUUAUGCAUUUAUGAUAAGAAAUAAUUUAACUAUAAAUCGUGCACAUCCCCAAUUUAAUAAUACUAAUAUAAAGAGCAAUAUAAGCGCCAAUUUAAUAUAAUAAUAACCGCACUAUAAAAAGUUAUUUUUUAAUAAUAGAAAUGAAAUUGCUUUGUUUUACGAUCGCAUUUAUUUAGUGUAGUUACGGUUAAAAGAACUUUAGUGUUGCGUGUAUUAAGUUUGUUCAACUUAUUGUGGAGUUCGUAUAAAAUGGCUUAAGUUUCAAAAACUUGAUGUUAUUUAAUAUUUGUUUUAUUUCAUAAUGAAGAUGUGUUGUAAUUUGAGGCCCAUUUUCGGAGUUUGAAACCGAAUUUAAUAGAUGUUGUUCGCGUUGUUUUUAUUUAAGUUGAAUUUUUGUAGGUAAUCUCGCUAGAAUAGUGCCUUGUGGAGUAUGCUUAAUAUUAAUAUAGAAUCAUAAUGAAAACUUUUAUUAUUUUUGUGAAUAGAAAUUAAUAAAUUAAUUAUUGUCAUUGGCAAUUGAAAGCAAUAACCUCCUUUAAGAAUGCCAGUAUUAAUAUUGUAAUUCAAAAAUAUUAUUGUAUUAUAAAUAAAAAUAUAGUUCGCUUCGAUUUCCCAUUGUAUUAUUAAGAUAGAUAUAGACUGAGAUAAGGAAUUGGCUUUUGAUUUGUUGCCAUCGCUCUGUUAUUCAAUACUUUUUUAACGCAAUAGUUUCGUGACAAUUUAUUUUAUUUAUUAUAAUAUUAAAAUAAAGUAAAAUUGCAACUGUAUAGAUAUAUAAAAACGAUGAAUUUGUGUAGAGAGAUUGCUAUUUAAUGUAGGUAUGUUUAUUGUAAAAAUAAUCUUAAGUUAGAUAGUAAGCAAUUGUUUUA